CAGUCUCUAAUGGCGGAUGGAUCAAAGCAUAACGGAGGCAGUCUAACAAUAGAAAUCAAGCACGGUUUCUAUCUUUUAAGGGCGAAAAGAAUUGCUUCCUUCGCUUAUGGCUUCAUUUUCGUUUUCAUCGCCUUCACCGUCUUCCUAGCUUUCAAUCCAUCUUCAAACUCAUCAUCGCCAUGGUUCACCGACAACUUCUCCAAUACUGUUACUUCCCCUCACUAUUCCUCUAUUUUCUCUUACUUUUCCCCUGAUUCUUCUUCCCAACAAGAAUACCACGAUGAUAAUAACGAUAUUAUCGGAUCACAGAACAACACAAGGAAAAUACAACCUCAGAGUCACGAACUGAAGGAUGAUAAAUUCUCAAAUAAUAGCAGAAUUCAGUCGCCGGAGCCGAUAAACCAGCCGUCAAGUAGCAAUUUGACAUCAUCCUUGGCGAAUAAGAAGAAUAACGAAUCGAAUUCCGGGUUUUCUGCGGUUAAUUCGGUGGAAUCGUUGUUGGGUUGUGAUCUGUUUGAUGGAGAGUGGGUUAAAGAUGAAUCAUAUCCUCUUUAUAAACCUGGUUCUUGUUCAUUGAUUGACGAACAGUUCAACUGUUUCCUAAACGGUCGGCCGGAUAAUGGUUACCAGAAAUUCAAAUGGAAACCUAGAGGCUGCACUAUUCCGAGGUUAAAUGGUACACAUAUGUUGGAAUUGUUGAGAGGAAAAAGACUGGUUUAUGUGGGUGAUUCUCUGAAUAGAAAUAUGUGGGAAUCUCUUGUCUGCACACUUAGAAGCUCUAUAAAGGAUCAAAAGAAUGUUUAUGAAGCUUAUGGAAGAUAUCAAUUCAGAACUGAAGCAUCAUAUUCUUUUGUGUUUAAGGAUUAUAACUGCACGGUUGAGUUCUUUGUUGCGCCAUUUUUGGUGCAAGAGUGGGAAUUUUCAGAGAAAAAUGGAUCGAAAAAGGAAACACUUAGACUUGACAUAAUUGGAAGAUCGGCUGAUGGGUAUAAGAAUGCGAAUAUCAUAGUUUUUAACACUGGGCAUUGGUGGACUCAUGACAAGACAUCAAAAGGGAAAGAUUACUAUCAAGAAGGAAGCCAUGUUUAUGGUGAAUUGAAUGUUCUUGAGGCAUUCAGGAAAGCUCUGACCACUUGGGGAAGAUGGGUUGACGCAAAUGUUGAUCCUAAAAGGUCUCUUGUCUUUUUCAGAGGUUAUUCAGAGUCUCAUUUCAGCGGUGGGCAGUGGAAUUCUGGGGGACAAUGCAACAAUGAAACGGAACCCAUAAAGGAGAAGAGUUAUCUAAGGGAAUACCCGGAUAAGAUGAUUACUCUUGAGAGGGUACUUCGAGGAAUGAAGUUCCCUGUAUCGUAUCUGAACAUAACGAAGCUGACUGAUUAUCGUAAAGAUGCUCAUCCGUCGGUCUUCAGGAAGUUGAACUUAACCGAGGAAGAGAGAAAAUCGCCUUUGAUGUUCCAGGAUUGCAGCCAUUGGUGCCUUCCUGGUGUGCCUGAUGCUUGGAAUGAGCUCCUCUAUGCACAGCUUUUGAUCAGAAAUCACCUACAAAAACCACAUUCCUGAUCAUAGAAUUAUUUCCCUUGAUUUUAUCUCUAGAAUAUAAUCAUAUACUGUAUAUAUAAAGGAAAAACACAAA